AUGGUUUUCUCACUUGCGCGGGCAUUUGUCUCUUCCCUCGCUGUUCUCGUCCUGUGCGACUCUGUAUGGGCUGGCCGCGCUGAAUGCCAAUACCCUACUGCUGACCCUUUAUCUGGCUGUGCGGCUGAUACGCUUCUCGUCGGUCCUCCGGGCACUGCCAAUGUCGACUUUACCACUGUCCAGUCUGCCGUCCUCAGUCUUCCAAAUGACACCACACCAUACACCAUCCUUGUGCUUCCAGGAAACUAUACCGAGCAGGUUAACGUUACUCGCCCUGGGCCCGUCACCCUUCUGGGCCAAACUGUUGCCCCCACUGACCGCACCCAAAACGCGGUGAGCAUCGUGUGGGCGGCCAUCGCGGGCACCGGGGACAACGCGUACACGAGCACGCUCACCGUCGCGCCUACGCUCAAUGCCAGUUUGACGGGUGCAGGGCCGGAUGGAAACACAGUGCCUCCCGGGACGCCUUUUGGGAAUGUAGACUUCCGCGCGUACAACAUCGACCUCGUUAACGACUACGCACCGUACUCCGAUGACCCCAGCCUCGCGAUUAGCAUCAGCUAUGCCAACGCUGGAUUCUACUACUGCGGUUUCUACAGCUAUCAAGACACGAUCUACAUUGGUAAACUUGGAAAUACGUACAUAUACGACAGUGAGAUCGCCGGCCAGACAGACUUCCUGUAUGGGUUUGGGACGCUCUGGGUACAGUCUUCGCUGCUCUCCCUGCGCAGUUGCGGCGGAGGGAUCACGGCAUGGAAGGGGACGAAUACGACCUUUGUGAACUCCUACGGAGUGUAUAUCGUGGACAGCGAGGUGCGGAAGGCGAACUCGAGUCUGAACAUUGAGGGUCAGUGUGCUCUGGGCAGGCCAUGGAACGCACAGGACCGCUCAAUCUUUGCGUACACGUAUCUCGAUAACAGUAUUGAGCCGUCAGGCUACAUCCCUUGGGCAGGUGUCGCAGGCGGGCGAAUCGAUUUCAACACGACGAUGGCCGAAUUCCGCGACUACGGCCCUGGAUUCAACCUCACCGGGCGGGAGGAAGCGGGCAUUACGCAACUGAUGACUCCCGAGGAGUACGCGCCGUACGAUCGCGUCGAAAAAGUGUUUCAGUAUCCGUUCAGCGGGGAGUAUGGCAACGUCGCCUGGAUCGACCAGACGCCAUGGGUGCUGUGGUGA